AUGCGAGUUCAGCACCUUGACCUACGUACCAUACCAUUUCACAUUCUUCCGACCACUGUAAGUCUAGACAAAUACCUUUCAGAAAAUUUCAGAUCUUGGGAAGAAAAAAGGGAUGAUUGUAUUGUUGUAACAAUAUGGUUAAUAAUGCUUAGCUAUGCUCUAAUAUCAAAUAUUCUUAUUCUUAUCGGUAUAGGACGAAGUUCAGCGAUGCGUACUGCGACGAGUUAUUGGUUUAUAAUAUCAUUAGCAGUAUGUGAUAUUGUUAUGACAAUAAUAAGUUUGGUACAUUUGGUACCAGCAACUGCUUUCCAUAGUGCCUUCUUGGAAUUUCAUUCAGUUCGUAAUAUCAUUAUGAUUUUUUUUUACGAUUUAUUUUGGUAUACAGCUGUGCUUCAACUUGGUCUUAUGGCUUUUAAUAGGUUUGUAAGUAUAGUUUAUCCAAUGGAAUACAAAUGGCUAUUUUCACCUAGAAAGUCUUUAAUGAUAAUUUUGUUAGGAUAUUUCCUUGGUUUGAUGGUUUCACUUCCAUCAUUAUUUCCGUGUUGCAAUACAUUAUGGAAUUCUUAUUUCUAUAUAACUGUUUAUGAUCCUAUGGACACUUGGUAUAAAUACAUUGAUAUGUGUGUUAAUAGCUUAUCAUUGGUAGCGAUGAUAAUAUCUUAUGCUAUAAUAAUCUAUAAAGUUAGAAAGAGUAGUAAGGCUAUGGCUAAAUAUCAAUUGACAAUACGAAAUAAGGUUAGUCUUCCUGCAUUUUUCAUUUUUCUCAGUUUGCAUAAAUUUAAGUCGAGAAUGAAGGAGGAAAGUUUUUCAAAUAUUUAUAUAGUACAACCGCCAAGAAACCAAGUGAGCAAAAAAGAAAUGCGUCUAUUCAUACAGUUUUUUCUUGUCUCGGUUGUAUUUCUUUUAACGUGGACAACAUGGCAGUGGCUCCCACAUAUUUUUGAAUCAAAAUGGGCAUAUUUCGUUAUGACUUCGCUAUUUUUUAUUAAUAAUUCUGUUAAUCCGACAGUUUAUCUUUUCUUCAAUACUCAGGUAGAGCUGCUUUUUUACAAAUCUUUUUUUAUUUUUAUGUAA